AGUGUGCCCGGCGGGGAAAGUGCUGUGAGCAGCCCCCCAAAGACCAGCCGGUGUCUAUGGAGAGGAUGCCCUCAGAAAUCUUGCUGAAGAUCUUUUCCUACUUGGAUGCUGUGACCCUGCUGUGUGCUGGAUGUGUGAACAGGCGCUUUUAUCAUCUGGCCAAUGACAAUUUUAUUUGGUUUAGAAUCUAUACAACUGCAUUUUCACCUAAAAGAUGUAACUGGAAAGUUAACUCAGCAGAGAAGACUGCUGUAUCUAUGAAGUCACUGUCGGUUGAGGAUAAAGAAGCUGGAUAUUGGAAGAAAGAAUUUAUUACAAAGCAAAGAGCAUCUGUAAAAGCUGCGCUCGCUCAGGUUCUCCAGCCUGUCAACCCGGACACAGGCCUUCCCGUCAAAACCAAAGAGGCCCUCAGCUUUUCUUUCCCCAGAAUAUCUGGUUUAUGUUGGGUAAUUAUAUUGAAAGCAAAAAAUGGACAAGAGUACGUCAUGGAACACACUGACCUUUCCGUACAUGAUUCAUCAGUGACAAUUAUGUGGUAUGGCAAAAACUGGCCACAGAUAGCCAUGCUGUCAGCCUUAGAUUUGUGUGGUGUGACACCAGUUUUUAUGGACCGGUCUAAAACCCCCUCCAAAAAUGGACCUCGGUGGCAUUCUUUAAUUGCAAAGUACAAUCUAAGUAACUUAACUGAAUCCACCAUGAUUGGCUGGGACAGCCUGAUUCGGAUCUUCUGUCUACACCCAGGCCUCCUGGUGGGGCUGUGGAAGAGGGAGGAAGAACUGGCUUUUGUAAUGGCAAAUCUUCAUUUCCAUCACCUUGUGGAGAAGAGCACGUUAGGCUCAGCCACUGUCCCCUACAAGCUACCUCCUCAUACCCCUCUUUUGGAUGACCACCCAGAGUACGGACUGCAUGGCUACCAGCUCCAUGUUGAUAUGCACAGCGGUGGAAUUUCCUACCUGUGUGGCACAUUUCGCAAUCUCUUUACCAAGAAAGGAUCCAUUGAAAAUGGAUAUGUGAAGCUUGUUGUUAUAAGGUUUAAAAAUAACACAGAACACCUACCUCUUAUUGGAAAAGUUGGCCUCUCUUGGAGAACUGAUGUUUUCGAUGGCUGUAUAAAGAGUUGUUCUAUAAUGGACGUAACCCUUUUGGAUGAAUAUGGGAAGCCCUUUUGGUGUUUCAGUUCCCCCGUUUGCAUGAGAUCUUCUGGGCCCUCUGAUGGGCCUAACUUCUUGGGACAGACAUACUGUGUUGACUACGUGGACUUGGAAGGAAAAGUGCACGUGGAGCUGGUGUGGAUCAAGGAGACGGAAGAAUACUUCAUCGUCAGCCUGGUCCUUUACCUGAGGACAGCAAAAAUAAACCAGUGGUUUGGGACAGCGUACUAAGUACUGACAGGAGGUGGCGAAUUCCUGUUGCUGUUUGUUUUGGAGUGCUCACCGGUUGUGUUCUUGGUGUUGGAAGUUGAAAUAAAGCAAUCGUCUGUUUGAUGCCUCCUUCUUUCACAUUA